AUGCUAAUUCGACUGAUAUAUUCUCUUCUAAUCAUCGUCUUUGUAGCUAAAUCCUCUACUUUUGCACUUCAUCUACAUGGCCACUAUUCCAGUAAAGAAUUCUUUCGUUUGUUAACUAAGUUCGGUAUUCAGAAGACUGAUCAACACCGUCCGGUGGAUACAUUCGGAUAUAUCUAUGGAAACAUCACCUUAGAUUGUUCAACAGCAAACUGUACGAUAGCAAAGAAUCUUUUAUUUGUUAUACUUGAUUAUGAUUAUUUUGUGUCUGUGUAUAAAAAACAACGAUUGCAAUCAUGUUCGGAUAUGAUGAAACAGAUUCAAACGAUUGCAUUUCACCGGCAGUGUAAUGAAAAAGGAACUGAAGAUUUCUGGCGACGAGUACCAUGUGAGCGAGGACAGUUUUGUCCCGAUGAAGAUCAACCGACUAAUGUUAUACGCAAUCAACAAUUUACAUUUAAAAUACAAGAUAUUAAUCAACCAAGAUUUUGGUAUUUAAGUUUAAUAUCAUGUUACUGGCACCCGAAUACGUGUCAAUGGGAAAAAGUCGAUGAAGAUUUCCGAAUAACGUACGAUAUCUGGGUUGUCAACGGAAAUCCGGAAGCUAAAACACGUGAUAAUCGUUUUGAAUAUCAUUUUUCCUAUGAUAUUCAUGAUCUUGUUGAAGUUUAUUUCGUUUGUAUAUUACUCUAUCUCUUUAUUCCAUUACCAUUUGUUCUAUUCAAAAUUCGUUCAUUAACCUACAUCAAACAUCCGAUCUUAAUAUCAUAUUUCUUGUUUCAAUUACUAUUCUUUCUUGGCAAUACUUUUAAUUUAAUACAUUAUUUUAUUUUUGCUUACAACGGGGUCGGUAGUUACCUCUUGGUACACAUUGGCAAUUUGAUUACUAUUGUCGGAGAGUCGAUUCUCAUCCUUUUAUUGUUAUUUAUAGCAAAAGGUUGGCUGGUGAAUGCAACGGUACUUCGAGACGGGAAGAAGAUGAUCAUUCUAUUUAUUCUUUAUACAAUUGCAUGUUGUUCUUGUUACAUCUUGAGCGUUUUAACAAUCAAUCCUCUGGUUGAUUCCAAUCAUUAUCAAACAUUUGCAAAUUAUUUUUCCUUAUUAUUUCGCUGUUUCGUUAUGUUUUUAUUCGUUUUCGAAUUGAAAGAAACAACGCAAGAAGAAAAAAACUUUCGUAAACUGCAAUUUUUUCAUCACUUCGGUGCUUGUUGUAUGGUUUGGUUCAUCUAUCCCACUGCAUUGAUAUUUAUCAUGUCUUUUGUUACUGAACUUUAUCGAGUCAAAUUAAUCAUAAGUGUUGUUACAUUGGUGAAUUUCCUGAGUAUAUUAAUCAUGUCUUAUAUACUUUUCUCCCCGAAAUCAUUUUUAAACUUACCAAAAAUCUCCUCGACUAAACACGAAGAUCGACUAUUGCAUCAAAGCAACGAGACCAACGGGUUUCAUAAGUCGAGUAUUAUUGAAGAUGAUGAAGAUGACGAAGAAGAUGAUAUUGAAGUUUACGGACCAUCUCAUCUUCUUCUAAACAAUUCGAAUGAUCGAAAAGAAUCGCGGCUGGAACGAUUCUGUGGGCCAACAACAAUGAAUUCGGCUAAUGAUUGCCAUUCACCAUCAAUGAUGGAUCAUAAUAUCAAUGAUACGACGAAAUGUGAAGUAAAUCGUAGUGAGCAGAGUCCAGCAUCGAUCACUAAGCGUCUGAAAUCGAAUGCAAUUGUUUUAUCACCUGUUAAUGAAAGCCAAUCGAUGAAAGGGAUCAAUCGGAAGCAGAAAGCGUUGGAUAUCAAGGCCAAACAACUUCUUCAGAGUGAUUCGAAUAAUAAUACAAGUACAGUACGGAAAGGUCAAGAACAAAUCGAUUCUUCUGCGGAACACAUUCCAUCGACAUCAGCAAAUGUUUGUCAAACGUGUGGCGAAGAUUGUGAGGAAAUGAUUCUGUGUGACGAAUGUCACGAAACGUUUCAUUCACGAUGUGCGAAUCCUGCAUUAUCAAAAGAAGAUAUUCCGAAAGAUGUGCAUCUCUGUGCGUCUUGUCGAACGAAACGGAAACUAGUGGAUGGGAAAGUGAAACAACAGAAAGUGAUUUUACCAUUUAAUUUCACACCGAAAAUGAAUUUACAUUUAAAUGGUUUGAAGAAAAAUCAAAAGUUUCGUUCAGAUCUAGAGCAAAUCAAAGCAUCAACAGUAUCUAAUGAUCAACCUCCAGUUCAACAACCAUUGCUAGAUACCAAUACUUGUGCAAUAAGUAAAAAUACGAUCAAGAACGAAUCUUCGUCAAGUCUCAAACGCAAACGACACGAUUCAUCACCACCUCCAUCACCAGCACCAGCACCAACCCCUGAUGUUCAAUUAGAUACGCUACAUCGGCUACUUCUUUUCGAUCAAUCUGGAGAUUUCCAAGGUCCAUCGUCAUCCAAUAAUCUUCCCCGCCAGAAAUAUUGUUUCAUAUGUCGAAAAUUCUCUGCUAAACAAGGACCUUCCAUCCAUUGUGAUUACUGUCCACUAACAUAUCAUUUAGAUUGCUUAACACCACCAUUAAUUUCUCUUCCCAAGGACAAAUGGAUGUGUCCUAAUCACGUUGAACCAACACUGGAUCGUUGUUUAGUCAAAAGAAAAGAUCAGUCGAUCAACCAACGCGUCAAACUUUACCAGCAACAUACGUUAAGAAAACAAGACGUCGUUGUACAAGAUUUCAAUCAAAAGAAGCAAACGAAAGAUUAUUUUUUAUUGAAUACAAUCAAUAAUCAUCGAUCAGAACGUGUAGAUAUCAGUCAAAUACCUCAUUCUAUUGCCCAAUUCUAUUCCAAAAUCCAUUCAGAACAAAAGCACACUCCUCAGCUCGAAACAAAAGAUCUCAAACAAAAAAUACUUGUCCAAACAACUCCUCUCCCUGAUGAAACUUCAUUGGCAUAUGAUCCAUGUGUAUGGGACAUAUUACAAUCAAUACUCAAUCAUAUUGUCAACGACGAACAAUAUGAAAUUUCAUUUGUCGAAUCUGUAUCUAUUGAGAAUGAUCAUAGUUCAACAGAUCGUAUAUCAAAAAAUGAAUGUAAUACACUCGAUACAAUCGAUGUAUUAUUACAAGCUUUAAGUGAACCUCGAUCUACAGAAAAUCAAUCAAAUAAUCUCAAUUCAGAUCUUGUUUCCACUAAUUCCUCUGAAGAUAACUCCAAUGUAAUAUCAUUGGUAAAUUCUUUCUCAUCAAUCACAGAUCUCUCACAAUUUCGUUUAUCUUGUGCUGCGCUGAUACAUUUACAUUCACAACAUGUCAUUUACAUACGUAAACAUACGAUUUGGUUCGGUUCGUCAUCAGUCAACGAGGUUUGUUUAACUACUUUGACUCCAUCUCAACCUUGUCCACAUAUUUCCGAACGGCAUGCUUGUUUAUACUACGAUCGCAAGCGGAAUCUAUUCGAACUAUUAAACUAUAGUGAAUAUGGAACGAUUGUCAAUAAUCUUCGAUAUGGUUUAGAAUUUGAUUUCAAUUCGAUGAAUCCAUUUGAGAAUGAGAAUCAACAUCAAUGUUUAUGUGUGAUGAAAUCAUUCAAUCAACCAGCAUGGGAUGGACCGGCUCCAAUCGAACAAGGAACAAUCGCUGCUUGCCGUCAUGAUUACGAUCUACUUGUUCUACUUCGACUUUGUCCAUCAGGCAAGUGUUUGAAAAUGACAAUGACAACAAUCACCUUCGCAUCCGGAAAACGUCGCUUUUCGGCAUCGCACCUAAAGAAACGUCAUACAGUACCAAUACUAACAAAUGACAACCUCCCGGAUCUGCUGAGUGAUAUCUAUCUUGAACGACGACAACGGCAAGACACAAUUGUUAACAUUGCGAAAAGUUUAAGAAAAGUUGGCGAUCAACUGGAUGAGCAAUUGCAGAUUCGUUCGUCUUCAUCAUCGGACUGUAUAUUCGGUCAAGGAACGAUUGUAUUUCUUACGUGUUUAUCUCACGUUCUACGUUUGUUCUUGUAA